GGAGACUUUAAACCUCAGUAACAGGGAAGGAGAGGAGAGUCGCAACUACUUGCUUGCAUUAAAUAUAUUUUUGGGUAUAAAACGGUGUGUAUCACGCUCUUGAACACAGUAGCCGUACAGUUUGCAACGCGCUUUUCGCGAUUACACAGGUGUUACUUUUGUGUUCAAAAGUAAUUUUCAGAGAAAGGAGAGUUCUUAGAAAAAUAAUUUAUGAAGUUCUCAACUUUAGGUAGAAGUGAAAGCCAAUGGACUUGGAGAUUUUAUCGGCAUAAUUUUGAAAGUACAAUGUGUACAUAAACUUGGAGUACAGGUAAGACUGAACAGGGCGUUCCAUCAGCAGCCAGUCACCCUGAUCCUGAGCCUGCAGGUUCCAGAAUUCUCCCCCCUUCCUCGGCCCUGAGAGCGACCAUGUUGGUGAAGGAGUACCGUAUCUGCAUGCCACUGACCGUGGAGGAGUACAGGAUAGGCCAGCUGUACACCAUCUGCAAGCACAGCCACGAGGUGAGCGACAAAGGGGAGGGGGUGGAGGUGGUGAGGAACGAGAGGCACACGGACCCCGUACACGGACAGGGCCAGCUGACGGAGAAGAGGGUUCACCUGUCCAGUAAGCUGCCAGGCUGGGCUCGUGCCGUCGUACCUCAUAUUUUUUACAUCACGGAGAAGUCUUGGAAUUACUAUCCUUACACAGUAACCGAAACAAAAUACGAGGACAACUGUGGGAUCAGUGAGAAUAUAUUCAAUGGGGACAAAAAUGAAAUGGAUCAGGAAGUGGAUUUCUUGGACAUCGCCUUCGAUGACGUGCCUGACCGACACUACAGAACCUCUGAGGAUCCAAGGUGCUUCUCCUCUGCGAAAACGGGCCGGGGACCCCUGCAGAAGGGAUGGAGGGAGAGCAGCAGGCCGGUCAUGUGCUCCUACAAACAGGUGGCAGUCCAGUUCGAGGUGUGGGGUCUCCAGACCAGGGUGGAGCAGUUUGUGCACAAGGUCAUCAGAGAAGUUCUGUUGGUGGGACACCGGCAGGCUUUCGCCUGGAUGGAUGAAUGGUAUGGAAUGACCCUGGAAGAUGUUCGCAAAUUUGAGAACCAGAUGCAUUCAGCCACCAAUCAGAAGCUGGGACACUACGAGUCUUAGCUGGCUGCAGGCCCCAACCCCACGCACCCACUGGAGUACCCCCGGGACAGAUGGUGGUGAAAGAGUUUGAGAGAACGAUCCAGACGGGCUGCAAGGGGAGAAGAUGACCUUGACCCACAAAACCUCCUGCAUAACCAAUGGCAGCGCCCCAACCACACCUGUCAACUGAGUUCACCAAUCCCCUCCCCUACCAUUCCCCCACAACUGUUUCACAGCCAUGCCUGUCCUGCGUUCGGGUGCCACUGCCCCCAUCCAAAAACCCCCUCCUCAUUUGUGUUUGUUUCUCCAGUAUUUUUAAUAUUUCUCUGUUUAUGGGUUUAAUAAACAUUUUGCAGCAGGUCUGCUUUUGCUCAGCAUUAUUUUAUAUGUACAAUCAUUAAUCACUUCAAAAUAGGGCCAACCGUGUCUCCACUUUUUCUCAAAUGCAUUUCAGUCUGCCAUUUUUGCUAAUGACCUAUUAAGCACAAAAACUUGUCACCAAUGUUUAUUCUUUCAUUAAAUUCUGUUGUAUUUUUUAAGACUGCAGACAUGGGAAGUAUCUUGUACAGGGGGUGUGUUGUUUGAAGCAGUUGAAAUGUAUAGCUUGGAUCAGAUGUAUAAUAAAAAAUGAUAAAUGAAAGUGGUGAAUGUCAUGUAUGCUGUUCUAAUAAAAUUUCAGGGUACUGCA